AUGGCAGGUAAAUGGUAUUUCACAAAAGAAGAGUUGUGUAAAUCACCGAGUGCCAGAGUGGGUAUCAGUGCAAAGCAAGAACAAGAUUACAAACGACAGGCUGCGUGUCUGAUAAACGACAUGGGCCAACAGUUGAAAGUUUCUCAGUCAUGUAUCAAUACCGCAACUAUUUACAUGCAUAGGUUUUAUGCAUACCACCCGCAAUCAAAGUUCAAAAAGUGUUCAGUUGCAUGUGCAACUUUGUUCCUGGCUGCAAAAGUUAAAGAAACACCUUUAAGACCAAAAUUUGUGAUUAAAAUUAUGUACCAGUGCUUGGAUAAAAAUUCUAAGCAGAUUAAUAUACAUUCAAAAAACUUCAAGGAAAAAAUUAAUGAAUUACUUUUCGACGAAUUAAUUUUGUUAACGACUCUGGGGUUUGUGACUGAAAUUGAACACCCCCAUGCUUAUGUGGUCGAGUUUUGUCAAAAGUUGAACGAAAUCGUCGAUAGAAAAUCUUGGCUUCAGCGCUUGAAUUCCAAGGUCACUGAUCAACUUUUAUGGAAAAUGGAGAAAGAGUUUAAA